CUCUUCCUUGCCAUCACCGUCUUCUUCCCCACCAUCUGCUUCAUUUUCAACCUCAUCCUCGAAUCAACCUUUGAUCGUGAGUUCGUCCUCCACUCGUCUCUCAACAAUAUUCCCAUACAUCUUGAGCCUUCAAAUCACCUGCAUGAACGAGAAACAACCUUGCUAAUGUCUGCUGCCUCUCUCCUCCUUGCCUCGCUUUUCCCUUUUGCCGCCAUCCAUAUCUCUCGGUUCAAUCUGGCCCUUUCAACACUGCAGACUCGAUCCAAACCUCCCAAUACCAAUCAGUAUGGCUCCCACUACCGCUACCAAGAAGGCUGCUGCCCCCAAGAAGGCUUCUGCCCACCCCACCUUCCUCUCCAUGAUCCAGGAAGCCGUCAAGGCCAACCCUGACCGUCUUGGAGUCUCCAGGCCUACCAUCAAGAAGUACUUGGCCGACAAGUACAAGAUCGACAUGUCUUCUGCCACCAACACCAACAACCUCUCCAACGCCAUCAAGCGCGGAGCUGAGAAGGGUGACUUGACCCUCCCUAAGGGUAUCGGUGGACGAGUCAAGCUGCCUGCCAAGAAGAGCGCCGCUGGCAAGGAGAACGUUGCUCCUAAGAAGGCUGCCGCUCCCAAGAAGGCCGCUGCUCCUAAGAAGGCUGCUGCGCCAAAGAAAGCCCCCGCCGCUGCCGGUGCUGCACCUGCCGCCAAGAAGGCUGCUGCCCCGAAGAAGGCCGCUGCUCCCAAGAAGGCCGCCCCGGCAAAGGUCAAGAAGCCCGCUGCUGCGAAGAAGACUGCUUGUAAGUGGAUCUGUCAGCUUGUUGAAGAGCUUGUUCUGAUCCUCCAUAGCCAAACCCGCCGCCGCUGCUAAGAAGGCUGCCCCCAAGAAGAAGGUCGCUGCCAA